GAUCCAACUAGUACUGUAGUACUAGAAUAACAACUGCAUUCUCCGACUACGUGCCGUAGUUCGAUUUGGUAUUUAAAUUCAUAUAUUUCCCCAGCAUUAUUCCACGAAUUUUUUACCUGCUCUAUUUCUACUGAGUAUGCAAAAAAAGGGUUCUUGCUAUCAUAACCUUUUUGAUAUAUCUUUCGCACGUUUUAAUAAUACAGAACUGUCAAGCGGUUCAAUCCAAAUUGGUGAACAAUGCAAAGAGAAUACUAUUCGUGAAGUGAUUUAAUAAUCGGGAAAAUGGAGUAAUUUCGAAUGUUUGUCACUUUCAUUUGAACCAGUUCAACUGUUUUAAAGUCAUCAUAGUAGGUUUGACACUGUCAAACUUUGACAAUCGGCAUCGCUAUUACCAAUGCAAAAGUGUCAAUCUGCCUUCAACAUUUAAUUUGUGUGCAAAUGUUGUAAAAUGUUCGAUAGUUCCCGAUAAAACAAUUUUGAAAAGGACUAGACAAACAGUUUGAAAUGACUAUUGAGUCUAAGGAUUAUUGCAUGUACCCGUAGAACUUAAUGACAUUGUGCUGUGUGGGUUUAGUGCGAUAUUCCAGGUAACUGCGAUUUCAGUCUUCUACAUUCAAUACCAUCAUUCGGCACUGCGUAUUAUCAACAUAUUUUGCAUGUAUCAUGCAUCGUUCAUAAAUUCAAACGCUUGCAGUGAAUAGUUAACAGUUAUCUAGUGACUUUCAAGUGAAUAACAUAGAUCUUUACUAAAAAUGACAGCUAAAUAUUUUUAGAAUGAACAUCAUUAAUAGUGUAUACAGCUUGUUGUGCUUAUACAAUUAUUUGACCGUUGACAAAUGUCUGUUUUGAGGGAAAAAAAUUGAAGUCGUAAAUGUGAUAAAGUUUUGUUUCGUCAGUGGCUGCUGAAAAGUCGAAAGAGACUAUUCUUGCAGCAUAGGGCGCACACUAUUCGGCGUAUCCGUUCGAAAGAACUGGAGUGCUUUGAAUCGAUAAGUGAAAUACAGUAGAAUAAAAACAAACUAAAAAAUAUUGGUGUAUUGGGUGAACUGAAAACUGAGCAGGCCAAAAAAACCAAAAUCAACCAAAUCAAUAUUCUCCAACGGAAUCAAUUGGUUGAGUUUAACUGAUGUUUUUGCUAAAGUCUUUGAUCAAAUCCUAAUGAAAUUUGUGAACGUAUCAUUUAUGCGCGAUAUCAUGAGUAAGCUACCGCCGAGUAUGCCAUCCUUGGAUUUCGAUAUUGAAGAAUUUGGACAUUUAUCCAAUGGAGCUGCAUCAACCGGAUUGACUAUUGAUGCAAACGAUGAGGCAUUCCUCAGUGAAAUGUAUGGACCAAGACAUUUUAACAAUUCAAGGCAAAACAAUGAAUCGUCUCAGGCGAGACCAGCUUCAUCAACGGAAACACCAUCCAGUGCGAAUGCUAAUUCGAUUGAAAAAUUGCUAACGGAAUCUCCAUUUUUGAAAAAGUUGUCAGAGAAUCAAGCUUCUCUUACGGAAAGCCAUACGCUAUUGGUGCAGAAUCAAGAGAAAUUGUUAAAAGGUCAAGAAAGUCUGGAAUCAACAUUAAAGGAGAUAUUGAAUGAGCUUCGAUGUGAAAAAUCCAAUGAUAAAGAACAUUCUUUCAAAGCGAGAAACAAUCAAAAGAGAGCUCGAUCUGGUGAAAAUGAGAUUGAUGCAAACGCAAUAAUUCGUUCGAAAAAACCAAAAAUGGAAAUACCAUUGAAUAUUAAUAAAACGCUGUAUUUCAAUCAUUCAUUGACCAAAAUAUGCAUAAUUUGCAAGAAACGUUACGAACGAAUCGUCGUUCACUACAAGACAUGCCACAGUUUGUCCGAAGUGGUUGCAUCUCGGCUGUCGCCAAAAAUGGCCGAAGAAAUUCAGAAAGAUCAUCCGAAAUCCAGUAUCGUUGUCAAAAGUAUCGAUAAAUUGAUUGAAGCACAAUGUGUAUUCUGUGAAGACGAAAAGGCAUUCACUGCAACCUAUUGGCCCAAUCAUAUUCAAGCCCAUACUGGAGAAUAUAAAAAUAAGUGCCCAGUUUGUUGUUUGCUUCUUCCAUUCCCGUCAUACCAUUGCCAACAACGAACCAGAAAUAUUGACGAGUUUCGCUUGGAUGAGGCGGAUUUAACCGUUCAUCUUUGCUUGGUGUGCAACUAUGCGCAGAUCGAAGUGGCGAAUAUGAUCAAUCAUUUGAAAACUCAACAUAAAUUCAGUGACGACGUUCUCGAUGACAAGUACAAACUUAUCACGCUGCUAUCGAUUAAGAACGAACGCAAAAUGCUACGGCAUCAAACAAAGAUCGAAUACACAUCGGAGGAUACAAACGAUGAUGCAGAAGUGAACCUAUCAUCCAGUGAAUCUAUAAUAAAUGAGGUGCCCAAUGUCAUCGACUUAGACGAUUUUGGUGCAGCAGACCAUUCCCCAGCUGAAAAUACGAAAUAUUGGCGGAUGCAAAAAGCAAUUAAAAAUGACCCGGCUGAAAAAGAGCAUUUGUUGGCUGUUGCUGAGCAUUAUAAGCAAUCUAAGACCUAUGCCUUCAAAGUAAAACAAUGGAUAAGUGAAAAAUGGACCAAACCGACCAUCAGUAUAAUAUCUCAGUUUGCGUUAUUCAAGUGUAUGCAUUCACAAUGUCGAUUUUCGAGCUCGUCGAAGGAAGAUAUGGAAUCGCAUAUGGAACAUCAUCUUGCGCUCAUCGAUGUUCUGCAAGACAGUGCGGACGGCACACUGGAUAAAACAGUUCGUGGCGAACAAAUCAAGUUCCGUGAUUGCAGCUAUUGUGAUUUUAAUGCACAUUCCAAUAAAGAAAUAUUGGACCACGUAUUGGUCGAACAUGAGCAAUGUAUCUUCCAGUGUGCAUACUGCUUCUAUCGGUCGGUUGAAGUCGACAACAUUACUCUGCAUUAUGAUGUUCAUCAUGCGAAGGAAGAACGUGAGAUUUACUUGUGCGGCGAUGUGCGCGAAUUUCGAGAACAAGACAGAGAAAUGUUGCAAGAGGACGUGGGAAAGAUUCCAAAAAUUCAAUGCGGACAAGACGAUUGUUUGGAAGAAUACGGCACGUUCGAUGAUCUUUUUCAUCAUCUUGACAAUGAGCACCCGAACAAUGCGAACUACAAAUGCAAAUACUGUGAUGCCACUGUUUCACACCAGCAAAUUCAAUCGCAUUUGAAUGCUCACAAUUUCUGGGAGUUUGAGUGUAUUUACUGUAAAUCAUUUGGAGACAAUGACAUCCUCAAGUUAAGAAAUCACCUAAGUUUGGAGCAUUCAUCGAAAUUCUCAUUUGCCGCCACACGACGACGAAUGCCAGGCGUUGAUUUGAUGGCCGACUUUAUUAUUCUCUACAUUGGUGACUUAUACGAUCAAAAUUUGUAUAAAUUUUCCAAAUUGCCCAAUGGCUGUGAUUUAAGUUGCAUGGACCCGUCAUUGUAUGCGUAUGAAAGCCAUCAAACACAGCAAAAUGAAGAAGUGGAAAAAAUUGCAUUCACCGAACCAUUUCCGCAUCUCACCUUUAGUGGAGCUUCAAGUGAUUUCUUCUUAAAAUAUGAUUAUCCCUAUUUGUGUACAGCCGACGCUGGUGAGACUGGAGUGGUUUGCAAUUUCCGAUCGAACAAAGAGGAAGAUUUACUUCGGCACAUUUCGAAAAAACAUUCCGACAGACAAAUCACGUACAAAACCGUCGAGUCGAUGUCACAGGUAGAAAAAGUAACCAAACGGGUAAUUUGCGAAUUUGAAUGCAAUUUGUGCCACAAACUGUACAAAACACGCAAGGAAAUCGGUGAUCAUAUUAAGAAAACGCAUUCUACAAAUGUUUUCGAUUCGAAAAUCAUUCAGCAUAUUGAAGUGAUUGAGUCAAGUGAUCCGCAACAACCCGUCGAAACAAAGUCAACCAUAUCAAAUCGGUUGCAAUUCAGCGGUUUAUUCGUUUGUUUGAAAGAUGGAAAGUAUGCAACGACAAAGAGCCAAUUGAUUGCACAUCAUCGUCGUGAUCAUUCGCCAACGAAAUGGCUGGAAUUUCAAAUACAAACGGUGAUUUAUGAUCCUAGUGACUUCGGCUGGAGUACAGACGCUUUGACACAGGAAAACGAAAAAUUUGAUCGAAUGAUGGCAUAUGAAUGUUUCCACUGUCGUAAUGAACUCAUAACACAUCAUGCGCUAUUCGAAUCACUCGAAGAGGUCCAGAAACAUUGCCGAGAAAUGCAUGAAAUGAAGGAUUUCUUAUACAUGCCAAAGAAAUUGGUGUCAUGCGUUGAAUGCUCAACGAUCAGCACAAUUGAUGGCAUGAAAUACCAUUAUCUACGCAAUCAUCCAACGGCAGAAUUUACAAUUAUUGCAAGCCCAACCAGCAAACAUCACUGUGGCGUUUGCAACCUUUACAUACCUGCUAAGACAAAUCUUGCGGCCAAGGGUUUGUUCGUUGAACACUUCCAAAAAGAACAUCAAUCGCAACAUAUCGAACUAUUUGAUGAUAGAAUGCUUAAGAGAUUACAAAUUAGGCCAGGCGACCAGGCUGCCGAUUUAAAAUUUACACCGGAAUGCUGCAACGAAAAUCAAUUCACUUCGAUUCAACAGCUCGUCAAUCAUAUAAUUGAUUGCGCGAAAGUUGAUGCCGGCGUAAAAUCAUCAUUUGAACUGGGUAACGUCAAAGAAUUCAUGCGAAUUUUCUUUAACGCCGGCAUUUUCUUUGACAAUGGACUCACUGUAAUGUGCAAAUCAAUCAAAAAUUCGACGAUUGGUCAGUUUAUUCGGGAUGCACUCAUUGAUGAAAUCAGCAAAACUGUUCAGCCACAAAUUCAAAUUGAUUAAUUGAUAAUAAUUUUUUUUAAACGUUUAAAUUCAAGUCGAUUUCAGCAAACUUUGUGAAAAGAGAAAAAAAUGUUUUGUAAUCACGAUAAAACUACAGUUGUUCAAACUGUAGACUUGCGAAUAUGCGCAUACAUUACCAGUUUAGGCAGCAAAAAAGAUUUAUGUUCAGUCUUUAUAACCACUAUUGAAACUAUCGAAUCGAAAUAAAGAAAAUUAAAGUAGGGAAAUAAGAAAAA